AUGGCAUCCUCUGGUACAACCCUGUGGGCAACAGCUUCGAAAGAAUGGGUUAUUCCUUCGAAGCCCAAACCUGGUCGCAAGCCUAAGAAGGACCCUCCUGUGACCACCGCUGCCAGUGGAGACAAAGAUGAGGCGGACGCAAAGGGUCGACGCAUUCAAAAUAGGGCAGCUCAACGCGCUUUCCGUGAGCGCAAGCAGUCGCAGCUGGCGGAGCUCCAAGCUCGGAUCCUAUCUUACGAACAGGGGGAGAUAGAACGCAACGUCGCUCUUCAGAAGAUCGCUAAACGUUUGAAGGAAGAGAAUGACCGAUUGCUCCAAGAAAACAUCGCGCUCAAGGAGCGAUUGGCUCAGGCCGAGCAGAAGGCCAAAGCCGCAGAGGCCGACAAGAAGCGGCCUAGGGAAGAGUCACCCAAAGCCCACACGCAGGCUAAGAAGAGAGCUAAGUCGUCGAUGACCCCUGGCAUCGCACCCGAAUCCCCUGUGGAAUCCAUUGCAACGGCUUCAUCCCAGAGCCCUGAGCCAAUACCUACACCAGCCGACAACUCUCAGCCCACUUCCCAAUCUGCCUCGUUCCCACAGCAAUACGACAUCAAUGUCGCCUCUCUCGGCGGAAUCCUAGAUUUCUCUUCCGCCGUUAAGGUCGAUACCAUUCAACAGUUCCCUCCAUUCGAUUGCGGCUUCUGUUCUGACAACACACCAUGUGUUUGCCGCGACAUGCUCGGUGAUUUCAAAGCCGACACCUUCGUCGGUCCUACUUCUCUCGUCUCCUUCGAACCUUCGCCGUCUUCAAUUGUCGAUACCCCCUUGGAGCCGUCGAAUCAGCCGGCUCCUCCCCCUCCUGCACCUUCAUCCUCGAUCUUAGACAAUCUACCUGCAUACCAACCACCCGUGCCCCUCCGUCGCCGAACGACAAGACCACUCACUAAGCCGAUAUUCCCUGUAUUCCCCCUUUCUUCCGACUCUGAAGGCCAGGGCGCUGGCGCUCCAACAUGCUCCGGCGACCCUUCCAACUGCGCUGCCUGCGGCGACGACAGCUUUGGUCAGGCGUUCUGUGCAGCCAUCGAAGAGACAGUCAUGUCACAAGAGAGAUGUGGAAAUUGCCCGGGUCGCAAACAGGACGGGGACGGAUCUAGUAGUUGUUGCGGGGUGCCGAUGUUCUGUCGUGGUUGCCCGCUAGCACCGGGUCAGCAACCUGGCACCAGCGCGGACAUUGAGGACUAUAUCCCAACCAACAAAGCUUGGCAGCAGAUUAAGGAACACCCCAAUGUUCAAUUUGCUGAUCUGGCUCUCCUCGCCGAGGUAGUCGCAAGUCGAUCCAAAUGCACUGGCCCACGGAUCGUCACGAGCCCCGCCCCAGAGGUACAGCAACAAGAAUCCAAGUUUUCGCACGCGGGCGGUUCGAAUCCCCCAAGGUUGGUGCCUCAGGAGAUUCUCCUGGAGUGCGGUCGCAGACGAGUGCGCGAGGUACACUCGGAGGCCGUGCGGGAUGCCCUGCGAUUGUUAGACGCCAAGUUCACCUGA